AUGGCCAAUAUCGAAGCCCCACCCAAAUCCCGAAAAAUGCAUGACCUCACAGAUCAAAUCGUCCUCAUCACAGGAAUCGGCUGCAUAGGAGAAGGAUGGAGCAACGGCCUCACAAUCGCAACACUGUUCGCGCGUCAAGGAGCCACCAUCUUCGGCUGCGAUAUCUCCUCUGAAGCAGCCCAGCAAGCAAAAACCAGAAUCCUAUCCGAUUCACCCAAUGCCGAUAUCACCGUGAUGCAAAUAGAUGUCACUUCUUCUCCUGACGUAAAGAAAUUUGUUAAUGCUUGUAUGGAAAAACAUGGACGGAUCGAUAUCCUCAUCAACAACGUUGGACGCAGCGAACCCGGUGAUCCGGAGACCAUAAGUGAAGAAAUGUGGGAUCAGCAAAUCGAACUAAAUCUGAAAUCCAUCUACCUAACAACCCACCACGUCCUCCCCAUCAUGGGAUCUCAAUCCCAAAACCCGAACCACCCCUCAGGUAAGAAACCCAACCACAGCAUCGUCAACAUCUCCUCCGUCGCCGCCCUCCGCUACAUCGGCAAACCCCAAGUCGCCUACUCCACCGCCAAAGGCGCAAUCCGCUCCUUCACGCGCACCACGGCUGUGAUGUACGCCGCCAAGGGCGUGCGGGUGAACUGUGUGGUCCCGGGCUUGAUGGAUACGCCGCUUGUUAAAACGCUGGCGGAGAAGUAUGCUGGAGAGGAUUAUGAGGGGUAUAGAAAGGUUAGGGAGAGACAGGUUCCGAUGGGGAGGAUGGGGAGUGCGUGGGAUGUUGCGGGGGCAGUGCUUUAUCUUGUGAGUUGGGAGGCGGGGUAUGUUACGGGCGCGGAGAUUGUUGUUGAUGGGGGGUUGGUGGGGAGUACGGGGNUGCGUGGGAUGUUGCGGGGGCAGUGCUUUAUCUUGUGAGUUGGGAGGCGGGGUAUGUUACGGGCGCGGAGAUUGUUGUUGAUGGGGGGUUGGUGGGGAGUACGGGGAGGCUUUAG